AUGCUGGUCGAAGAAAUGCCCAGGAGCUUCGUGAAGAAGAACAACAAUUACAGUCACUGUCCGCUUAAGAAACGGCCAGUCCAUGUCUUGCCAACCGAAGAAGUUCCGGAAGUGAUCAAAGAAGAGAUCAUCGACGUCGUGAUGGACGACAUUCCCGAGCCUGAGAACCUCAGCACGAAGCCCGAGGAUCUCAGCAGAACGGCGGAACGCCAUCAGCAGCAACAGGAACCGGAACAACGCGUUUCCAGGUCUCCUUCGCCGGUUGUCAAAGUCUCUUCCUCGCCGCCGUUGGUAGCCAGGCCGAUCUCGCCAACGGUGCACAACCAUAUCCACCCCGUGCAUCAUAUCCACCAUCACCAUCACUAUCCGACGAAGGCGAUCACGCCGCCGGCAGGCAUCGCGCCGAUUCAUCCCGUGGCGAAGAAGGCGCGAGUGGAAGUGAUUCAGCACGAUAAUUCGUCGUCGACGGCCGCGGUGACAGCCACGUCGGCACCCUUGCACUUCAUGGCUAGCAAAGCACCCUUGGAACCCUUAAACUUGAACACGCCAGUCGAGCCAUUGGCGCAUUACGCGACUCCGGCGUGGGCCCGAACGGCUCCGCUCUAUCCGCCGCACUAUCUCCCUUAUCCGGCGGCUUAUCAUCGUUACCACCACGCUGGAGCAGAGUUGUAUCCGUCCUAUCCGAUGCCAGCGUAUCCCAACUCAUCCCCGGAGCAUCAUCCGUCGGUUUCUCCGCCGCCGCACGGUGCACUGACCUGCCCAACGAUCCAGCGACCCAUCGCCAGGAGUUACGCCCACUGGGCCAGUCCCGAUCACUGUGGUUUAUCACCGACCAGUUCUCUUGGCUCCGGAUCUCUCAGGUCACCGCCACCGGUCACCCCGGAAGACCUGUCUUCCCCUGGAAGCGACAGCGGAAGAUCAUCGGCUGGUAGCACCUCGGCAAGCUCCACCAUCGUGAAUCCAAAAAUCGAGAAGACCGGAGUGUCAAGCGGAUCCACGGCGUCCUUGUCCUCGUCCUCGUCGUCCUCGUCGUCCUCUUCGUCGUCCACGUCGCCGAGGUAUCAAUGUCCCGAUUGCGGCAAGUCGUAUUCGACGUACUCGGGACUGUCGAAGCAUCAGCAGUUUCACUGCGCGGCGGCCGAGGGCCAGGCGAAGAAAUCGUUCUCGUGCAAAUACUGCGAGAAGGUGUACGUGAGUCUGGGUGCGCUGAAGAUGCACAUCAGGACGCACACGCUGCCCUGCAAGUGCCAUCUCUGCGGGAAGGCGUUCUCCAGGCCGUGGCUGCUGCAGGGCCACAUCAGGACGCACACCGGGGAGAAACCCUUCAGCUGUCAGCACUGCAACCGAGCGUUCGCCGACAGGAGUAACCUGAGGGCGCACAGCAGGAUGUCGCUGUUGACGAAGCACCAAGAGGGCGGCUGUCCAGGAGUAGCGGUGCCGAUGGGCUACGGAUGCUGA